CGCUAUCGCAUUUAUGUGUAUAUGAAAUUUCCUUGUGUGCGUAAUUGCGUGACAGCAAAAGUUCUGAAGAAAAAAUUGUGUCUUAAUUUAUCUUUCAACCGAUACAAAUUAUCAAAUGGGCUCGCGCAACGAGUGUCGCAUUUAUGUUGGCAAUUUGCCACCAGAUAUUCGAACCAAGGACAUACAGGACCUUUUUCACAAGUUCGGCAAAGUCACAUUUGUCGAUCUAAAGAAUCGGCGUGGUCCGCCAUUUGCAUUUGUCGAGUUCGAAGACGCGCGCGAUGCUGAUGAUGCAGUCAAGGCACGUGAUGGUUAUGACUAUGACGGCUAUAGGCUCCGAGUGGAGUUCCCUCGCGGCGGGGGACCGGGAAGCUAUCGCGGAAACAAUCGCAACGAUCGGAGUCGCGAUGGCGGCGGCCGUAUGGGUGGGCGCGGACCACCAGCUAAACGCUCACAGUACCGUGUCAUGGUAACUGGCUUGCCCGGAUCAGGCUCAUGGCAGGACCUGAAGGACCAUAUGCGUGAGGCCGGUGAUGUUUGCUUUGCCGAUACAUAUAAAGACGGUUCUGGCGUCGUGGAGUUUUUGCGCCAUGAGGAUAUGAAAUAUGCCAUUAAGAAGUUGGACGACUCACGUUUUCGUUCACAUGAGGGUGAGGUGGCCUAUAUACGGGUGCGUGAGGAUAGUGGUGAUAACGAUCGUGGAGGCGGCGGCGGCGGUGGUGGUGGCGGCGGCGGCAGUCGUGAAUAUCGCGAUAGAUCACGUUCGCGCUCGUUUUCAUCGCGACCUCGUCGUCGUGGUACACCAACAUAUUCGCCGGUGCGUCGUCAAUCCUAUUCCAGGUCUCGCUCACGCUCUAAUUACUAAAGUCUACAAUCAUAAUCCAUUAUUAUUAAUAUUUCUUAUGAGCAGGAAAAAUUAGGAAAAGCAAGAAAACUAUCAAGCCCCCGACCCCACUAACUAUCUAUCUGUUUAUUCUAAUUCUGCUGAACAGUCAAUCGAUCGAUCAGUAUCAAUAUCAAGAACAAGAAAAAACACUUUAUCAAGACUGGAGAAAUCCAAAUGCAAAUCGCAAAUUUAGGAACACGAUCAACACUUGCUUUUCCCUUCAAAACAGAAAAAUUCUUUUAAAUUAUUAAAUGCAUACAAAUAUACAAUUGACAAGUUAAGUUUUUGCUGUAAUUAUAAUUCAAGGAAUUCUCUCCUUCAACAUACUCCUUGUUUUAAAAUUUUGUUGCAUAUAAAGAAUAAUUUAAUAGAAUUUAU